GACAUUGUCAAAGUAGCAUGGCAAGUGCUUAGUUUUCACGUGUUUUUAUUGUUUAUAUUUAAUGCAAUUUUAUUAACAUAAGUCAAAAUGAAACAUAAAAGGUUCGAAGAGAAUAUAUUAGUGGACGAGGCCUACACAAAUUAUGGUCAACAAGACAAAAAUGCUGAUACAAAGAAAGGACAAGGUAUUGCGAAGCACUUUGCCGAAACUCUUGAAUACGAGGAUAAAAAGAAAUGGUAUACUCAGAUGCCAGAAGAACCAGUUAGUGUAACAAAGACACUAACACAAGAACAGAUUGAGGAAGUGAGGAAGGAAGCGAGCAGUGCACUACAUGGGGAUACAAUGGCCUAUGAAACUAAGUCAAGUAGAAGUGGAUCAUCAGACCACCAGUGGGCAAGGACACUGCUAAACAAAGGAGCCAUCGGAGACAGAGUGGCUGCCGCCACCAUUCUUAUACAAGAUAAUCCCAUUUACAAUUUGACAGCCCUAAGAAAUUUAAUCAACAAUGUCAAACCAGCCAAAAAGAAGGAUGGAAUUAUAAUAAUAGAUGCACUAUCAGAGCUCUUGAUAACAGAGCUGUUGAUCCCCGAUAUAAAGUUGCGGACUUUCGACCAACAUCCGCUUGGACACCUCGAUGAGAUGACGUCAGGCAACAAGCAGGCGCGACGGAACAUACUCAAGAUGUGGUACUUCGAAGAUCAGCUGAAAGAGCUGUAUGGGACUUAUGUGGAAGCUCUCAACAAGUUCGCUCACGACUCAGUAGAAGCUAACAAAGAGAAAGCUGUCAGUGCCAUGUCAUACUUACUGAUGCACCACCCAGAAAGAGAGAAAAUGCUUCUAACAAAUAUAAUAAACAAGUUGGGAGAUCCGUGCCAGGCCGUCGCUUCGAAGGUCAUCUACCAUCUCUGCCAGCUGCUGUUCAACCAUCCCAAUAUGAAGGCUGUUGUGCUGGCUGAUAUUGAGAAGAUGCUGUUCAGAUCCAACAUAUCGUCCCGCGCUCAGUACUACGGCGUGUGCUUCCUGAACCAGUUCUUCCUCGGCAAGGACGACUCCAAGAUCGCUGAGAAUCUCAUCAGGAUAUACUUCUCAUUCUUCAAGGCGUCCAUCAAGAAGGGCGAGAUCGAUUCCCGUUUAAUGUCGGCCAUUCUGACGGGCGUUAAGCGGGCAUACCCAUUCGCUAACAAGGAACGCCUGGUAGAAAGCGCGUCGCACAUCGACGCUAUACACAGACUCGUACAUCUAGCCGGGAUCAACAUAGCUAUACAUGCUUUAGCGCUGCUGUAUCAUAUAUCUGAUGCUUCGAAAGGGACGGCUGAUCGUUACUACACCGCCCUCUACCGCAAACUGACAAACUCAGACAUCUUCAGCACAUCGCACUCCGCUCUCCUGUUUUCCCUAAUCUACAAAUCUUUGAAGAACGAUACUAAUGUGUCCCGCGUCGCUGCCUUCAUAAAGAGAUUGCUACAGUUGUCCUGCUACAUGACUCCUGCCCAAGCGUGUGGGAUGCUGUUCCUGAUAUCUCAAGUUGUUAAGGAUACGACGAAGAAGGAGGCUUUGAGAUUGGUCUGGACUAAGAAGGAGAUUAAAGAGGAGAUAAAAGAAGAAGAAGAACCGCAAGAAGUAGAAGAUAAAGAAGAGAAUGGCACAGAAGAGACCCCGAUGGAGGUUAACGAUACAGUAGCAGAAGAUGAUGAGGUCAAAGUAACAGACAAGAGAGUUGACCUGCUAAAAGGAGAUAAGAAGGAUCUCUUACUGGAUGAUGACGAAGAAGAAUCAUACGUAGACCUUAAAAUAGAUGACCAGGGUAACAUAAAACCUAAGAAACGGAAGAAAGGAGUUGUGACGUCGAGUUGGUUCCACGCCAAGGUCAAGACUGAAGGUGAGGUCAAGGACGAUGCUGAGGAGAAGGAACUGGCCAGCAAGAUACAGCUGAAGAAAUCUGUUAAUAUGGAUAAGGAGAUCACGGAGUACAACCCCGUGGGCCGCAACCCCUCGUUCGCGGGCGCGCACUGCACCGCGCUGCUGGAGCUGCUGCCGCUGGCGAACCACUUCCACCCCACCGUCAAACUCUUCGCCGAGAGGCUGAUACACGAUCAAAUCAUACAAUACAGCGGUGAUCCCCUCAAAGACUUCGCCGGUAUCCGUUUCCUGGAUCGCUUCGUGUUCAAGAACCCUAAGAAGCGAACUGAGCUGCAAGCGGAUGAGGGGGUCAAGAAGGUGAAGGGAUCACACCCGAAGUUUGCUAUUAGGAAGAACUAUACAGCUAAAGGUCUGAAGAGUAUAGCAGUUACCUCUGCUUCUUAUCUCAACGAGGAUGCCAGUAAGGUGCCAGUCGACGAACGCUUCUUAUACGAUUUCUUACAAAAGCGCCGCAACGUUGACGCUGAUUCUGAUGACGAUAGUGACGCGGACUCUGUCAACAGCGAGGACUUUGAACAGUACCUGGACAGCGUUACAGGGUCCAAAGCUGCAGCGGAAUCAGACGACGAAAUGGACUUCUUAGCGGACUUAGCAGCUACUAAACAAAAGAGAGGCAAUAAGAAGCAGGAUGACGACGAAAAUGAACAGUUGGGCAGUGAUGAUGAUGAGGAAGAUCAAGGUGAUGAUGAUGAAGGAGAAGGCGAUGAUGGUGAUGAAAUUGAAGGAGACAGUGAUGGUGAACUGAAUAUAUCUGGUGAUGAUGAAGAACCAGCGUUAUCUGGUGAAGAAGAUGAACUACUUCUUGAAGACAGUGACGAUGAAGACGAUAAAAUCGAUGUCCCAGGCGCCAAAUCAAAGAAAGGAAAGGGCAAGUUUAAAUUGAAAGGUUCAGAAGACCUCGGCUCCUUAUUCGCAUCAGCCGAAGAAUUCUCAACUUUGCUUGAAGAUACAGCUACAAGCAAAACACAAGGUUCAAGCCAAGCGGUCGCUAACACAGACAACUCGAGCACAAAACAACUCGCCUGGGAAGAAAACAGAGACAAAUGGAUCAAAGGAUACAACAGAAAAAUACUUGGUAACAAAGGAAAGAAAAAACAUGGGAAUUUCAAGAAAAAUUUCAAUAAUGACAGAAAAGGUUCCAAGAUGGCCGAAAAAGGAGGGAAGCGUAAAGGCGGGAAAGUGAACGGCCCGGGCGGGAAGAAAAGGAAAUAAUUUACUUGUGUAAAUUAGAAUAAAUCGUUUUUUGA